GAGUGUUGCGACGGAGGCCUCCGAUUGGCCGCCGGGUUCCAUGAAAAGGCGGUUUCAUGCCGCCCACCUGCAGCCAUGGCUUGGAUCGUUUGCUUGUGGGCGGCGUCGCUGCUGUUUGUAUCAGCGGAUCCCGUUCCCGACGGCGUCCUGGCCAUGGAGUGUCACGAUCGAUCCUUCGUGAUAGCCGUGGACCUCCCGUUCGCCGGGGACGAUGCUCGCUUUGAGGCUGUCGACAGGACGGGCACGUACGCCAUCACCGAGUCGUACGCGGCCCGGUGCGGCUACACCGUCACCGUCUCCCGGCCGAGCGGCCUCGUGGAGCUGCGCUCGUCCUACUUCAGCUGUCACACAGACAAGCAGGAUGAUGGAACGUUCGCGUUCAGCUUCAACCUGUUGGUGAGGCGCGACAGCGACGCGGUCUACACGUUGAACAAGACCUGUUCCCCGUCCUUGGCGUGGUCUCCUCGAGAGGUCGCCUGCCAGCUCAACUACAUGGAGGUGCUGGUCAAGAGCCGAGCUUCUUGUGCUCCUGGGACAAAGGACGACAACUGGAGCGUUCUCAGACAGGCACACGUCUCAUCCACUUCAGACUGGCAGGUGAUGUUCCAGAGGGACGAGGACCAGAUGGCGCCGAUGAGCCUCUCCGAAGCCCGCGAGCAAGGCUACGUGUUUGACGUUACCGACGGCAGCCUCAUGUUCCGCGCGCCCUAUGGACAGCCUGAUUCGUUCAUUGCCAUGGUGAACAAUAUCCCAGUCGAGGUGGUCCACGCCACGCUGUUCUCCAGAGACCGCUGGUUGGUCAUAAUGGUGGACCUGGUUGCUGCAUGCUCCAUGCACCAGGGCACUUACGAGGACGGCGGCCACGUGAUUUUCGAGACCCCCGAGGCGCCCUAUCCCAGGCCUGAUGGCACACGGAUCCAAGUUGGGUUUAAAGGCGCUGACGUGGUGACUGAGAAUGGGACGGUCCAAGUUAGAAUUCCCUUGGAUGUGAAGGGUGGACUCAGGAAGAGUUUUGUGAGUGGCGGCCUCUACGAGUUCUACACCUUCCAUCUUGUCCUGGAGCAAAUGUUUGAGGACGAUGAAGCUGAGACCAGGCUACGCCUUCGCCGGAUUCUGAACACCCCCCUCCUGCCGCGCCCUCUUUUUACCCAAAACCGAAGCGUCAUCGAGGAGCGCCUCUUUCAGGUCUACCUGGGUGACGUGCCAGAGGACGUCCGCUUGGUUUCGCUCUGGCUCAACGGGCGCGAGGCGCCGUUCACCAACUCGUGUUCGGUGGCAGACAUCGCGCAAGCCGCCCGUGGCCACGGCUACUUGCUGAAAGUGUCCUUCGACGAUCCCGCCGUCUCACAGCAGUACUUUGAAGUGUACAAAACUAUGCAGUAUAGCGUGGACAUAAACUACACGCUGAGUGUUCUCCCGGAAAACGAGCUCUACAACCACUCUGUCAGCAUCACGGCACUGGCUGGUCCCUCUGCUCCAGUGCUGGAUGCAACUUGCUCGGAGUCUGGCAUCAGCUUUACCGCGGACCGCUGGGCCUUGGACUUCCUGUGGUUCAUAGGUGUGGGCUCGGACACCCUCACGCCAGAGCUGGCAAUGCAACGGGGUUACAAGAUGAGCAACGGCAGUCAGAGACUGCAGCUGGACGUGCCGGUCUACUCUCAGGGCUUUCGCUAUGAGGAAAUCACCCUGGAAAAGUUCUUGGGCACUUUUGAGAUCCUUAUGAAAGAGCGUCAAACAUCAGCUGUCCAGAAAUCUAUAAAAAAGACCUGCCCCUUUGUGACCUCUGAACUUAUUGUGUGUUCCACUGACGGGAAGAUGACUGUGGUGGCCAACUUGUCUCUGAUCACCCCGAGCGGUGCGACCCCGUCCACAAGCAACCUACUGGACGAUUUCUGCAGCCCCGCAGAAGCAGACCACAGCAGGGCGCUGUUCUCGUUCCCUCUCAAUAGCUGUGGCUCCAAAAUCAAGCUCAGCAAGGGUAACGUGAUUUAUCGAAACGAGAUUUUCUACAGCAAGAAUUCGGAUGCCACGGAGAGGUUGGUGGUGCAGUGCACGUAUCCUCUGGAAGGCCUCCACCGGCUCUUCUCCACGUACAGGUUCGAGUCGGACGACCCAGGCGCCGGUAGAAUCUUCAGCAGGCGGCUCGGGGCGGGAUUUGCCGCCGCACCUCCGCGCGGUCCCGUCGCCACCACGAGGGCUCUGAUGCCGACCUCUACUGCGGCCGCGAGAACCAGCGCUGCUCCGGUCCGGAAGCGUCUGGGCUCCAAUCCGGGUGUGCACUACAUCCGGGUGUCCAAACAUGGCAAACCUCACCCUGACGUUCGAAAAGGUGCAACUGUAGCCACGUGAGGGCGCUGCUCACAUGCAGUUGAAACACGCUUGCCCCGCCGCACUUUCCGGAGUUUCUUCAGAACGUCCACGACAACUUUUAGUGUGGGGAACUUGAGCGUCAUGGACGUCCCCGUCCCCCCGAAACUGAGACCCCGACGUGCU